AUGUCGUUUUCCGGCUCGCCAUCGCUUCUUGCAGCUACAGGCGGAAGCCCGGCGCGUUUCCCGGCGCCAAGAGCCGAGUCGCCGCUCCCCCGUCGUUCUCUGGCCCUUUGUGGCCUCUCAACCCCCCGCCUGGCAGCGGCUCUCAGUGCCGGUGUCGUUCCCUUCUUCCAGACCGUGCUCCACCCUCUGUGUGUGAAGUAUCCCCCUUCCGCCAAGUACCGAAGGCGCUUUCUCACUGAACUCAUCAAAAAGCAUGAAUCCACAGCAGCCGAGCCCCUGGAUGAGCUGUACGAUACGCUGGCAGAUAUUUUAAAUGAAGAAGAAUCUACUCACUGUUACAAAAACUACUUACUGCCCACGGGAGAAGCCGUUACCCUUUCCGAGAGCGUGGCGAUUGUCUCUGGGGGAACCACAGGGCUCGUCACGUGGGACGCCGCGCUCCACCUCGCCGAAUGGGCCAUGGAGAACUCGGCGGUUUUCAGUAACAGGACAGUCUUGGAAUUAGGAAGUGGGAUCGGCUUCACUGGAAUCGCCAUCUGUAAAACCUGCAAUCCCAAGGCAUACAUAUUCAGUGACUACCACCACUGUGUUCUCAAACAGCUGACAGAAAACAUCCGUCUGAACGGCUUCGUCUUGGAGCCUGGAACUUCCCCGCGUAUCCAAGCGGCGUCACCAGGCCAGGAGGCAGAAACAACCAACUCCCAAAAUCCAAAACUGAUUGUUGCAGAGCUUGACUGGGGCUCGGUUACGGAACAACAACUGUUGGACCUUCAACCCGACGUCGUCAUCGCAGCAGACGUGGUAUAUGAUCCAGAGAUAAUUCCAGCCCUUACUGGGAUGCUACAAAAACUCUCCACUUUCAGAGCAGACAGAAAACCUCCUGAGGUCUACAUUGCUUUCACCAUCCGUAAUCCGGACACGUAUCGCCUGUUCCAGGCUGAACUUGAUAAAGUUGGGAUCAGAUGGCAGAUCACUCCGGCCCACAGCAACAGUAUUUUUCUCUGUGACACGCAGCCAAACGUAACUCUUCUACAGCUAUUUAUAUAG